CUCACAACUCAUGACUGAAGCUAAAUUCAACCAUACGGUGUGACCAUGCGACGGCUGCAAAUCACAGCCAGCUACACGUCGAUUAUGAAGACUAGCUCUACUGUCGAAUUUAUCAAAGACGGGGCCCGGAACCCUAGUCUUAUUAGCCCUUGCGAUCAAGGCUGUCACUUUUCUUUUCAUUUCUGCUUUCUGCGUAGGUGCGCUCAGGCCGGUCAAUUUGCAAUGGCACGGAAAUUGAGGAAGCAUGUCACAACUUUACACCAGCGAUGCAGUCCACUCUGGGUACUGCAAGAGCAUCUUGUUGGGAAGGAGAUUUUCUCUGGACCUAGUUCACAGGAUGUUCUUAACGGAGCGUUGGGAGAUCAUUUGUCCAAUCUUGUCCGGCCCAUCAUCAUUUCAUGCCAUCUGGUGUGUGACGGUAGUGGUGCUGUGCAAGGUUGGCCGAGGAAUGAAGGCAUCAGUUUCUUGGAUUUACAUCCUGCGGCCUUGGCCAGUGGAACUGAUGCAAGAGAACCUCUCGGACAUUACAGUAUACCUUGUUAAAUGUAGUUUUGUUAGCUUGUACAGGUUCUUGAAUAUUACAAUUUUUGGCUUCCACACUCGUCAUGGAUCAAUCUGUUGUGACGUGAUGGUCUUGACUGUCCGCCAUCUCAGCUCCGGUGCUUCCCACAAUGAGAUGUCUGUAUCCUUCGGGUGGAACUUACUCGAGGUCUGGCAUCGUUCUGACAGGUUCAGAGGCGAAACGAGGUCUAGCCUAUAGUUUCAGUAGUUUGGCUUGACAGGAGCCAGCUGAAAGACGCCUCGCACUCGAUUUCA